AUGUUAUUCCUUGUCCUCUCCAUAUCAUUUCUACAAAAGCUCACCAUUUCUGUGCCUCAUCGAGAACUACCCAAACUCAAUCAAAUGCUACAACCGCCAAACGACUAUCUCAAAACUAAUUCAUUAAGAGAUUUCUCCAUUCCAGAAGAUGGAAUUAUUGAUGAGUUGCACGAGUGGGAUCCGAACCGGAUAAUUGAGUGCAUAUUCUGUGUCGACUACGAUAACUUUUUGACGAUCUCUGUGACAGCUUGCAAGAGUAAAAGACCGCUCACAUGCAAAGGGAAUGUAUGCUUUAUGAGACAACACGAUCAAAGUUCUUUCUUAUUAACAACGUGUGGGUGUCUGAAUUUGACAAAAGCAGAGCAUCAAAGCAUUCAAAGAAAUAUGGCAAUUGGAGAGAAGAAGAAAAUGCCAAUGAGUAAUCGAAAAGCGACACAACUUUGCGAAGUAACAAGUGAAGGGUCAAUCUGUCUUUGCACAAAUCGUCCGAUUUGCAACAACUACAGCACAAAUGAUCCUUUUACCGAGUACAUCUCACCGUUGUAUUCCUUUGAUUUCCAUGAGAUCAUUCACUUCAAAUACUUUGUCCCAAAUGAGGGACUUCUCAAGAAAGUUGACACUCGAUACUACGAUGAGAUUUUGAAACUCCAUUAUGUGCCCGGUUUUCGUACAGGAGCCAUUCGAGAGCCAAGCCGUUCCAGUAUGUGGUUUGUUGGUUUGGCCUCAGCGGCCUCCCUAGGGGCGCUCCUCAUCGCAUUGGUCUCAGUCGGUGUCAUCGUGAAUGACAUCAACGAGAUGGACAGUGAAAUCCGUCACGGUCUCUCGGAGUUCAACUUCGAGUAUGAGGACGCUUGGGCAAAAGUGCGCAACGUUCAUUUGUUCCCCGAUGGCAACUCAGACGCUGCCCCUACUUUCGUUUCACUCUACGGCCGCAAGAAGAGAAGCAACGAGGAGUGCAACUGUGGCCCACAAUCUAGGGGAUGCCCCGCUGGAGCACCCGGUCUUCCUGGAGCACCGGGAGAUCGUGGAGAUGACGGAACCCCUGGAGAGGAUGGACGCCCUGGAGCCAAGGGAAUUGCACUUAUGGUCACUCAUCACUACGAAGGAGGAUGUAUUCCAUGCCCACCCGGACCCCGUGGACCCCCUGGACCCCAAGGAAAUCCUGGAGGCGCUGGAGAGCCCGGAAACCCGGGAAGAUCUGGACCAUCUGGAAGUCCUGGAGGACGUGGAGGACCCGGAGAGCCCGGAGACGCUGGAACCCCCGGUACACCUGGACUUCAAGGACGCCCUGGACGUCCAGGAGCUCCUGGAACCCAACCCGGAGAGGCCAAGCCUGGACGCCCUGGAAACGCCGGAAGACCCGGAUCUCGUGGACCACCCGGAAACCCUGGAUCACCAGGAAAUCCCGGAAAAGAUGGAGGACCAGGAGGGCCAGGCCGAGAUGGACACCCUGGAGGCCCUGGAAAAGAUGGUAGCCCCGGAGAAAAGGGAUCCGAUGGUUUCCCCGGACACGACGCCAGCUACUGCCCAUGCCCCCCACGUUAUUUCAACAAACGAUUU